AUGGGAGUUUCGCUAAAACAACAUCAAGGGCAAAUGCAAUUAGGUGCUAAACGACAACGUUGGCGAAACUUCAUAUUCGCUACCGGCGAAUGGUUUAAUAAUGCACUUCUUUGUUCCAGAAUGAUCCAAAAAUAA